GGUGACGUCAUCAGAAAGCGACCGCGCUGGGUUUGUGUAUCGGCUGCUGAGCUAACAGCUGCACCGAUUGUGUUUUGGUUUUGUUUUGCCUCCCAUGUGCCGUUAUCAUGAGCUCUGGAAGCGAUUCUCUGCCUGGGUGAUGCUUCUCACUGUCAAACAGCUGGACGUUCAGAUGUAGCUGUCAGCCUGCUCCAGAUGUUUCUUACACAGUAUAGAGAUGUCUUCAGUAACAUAUCAAUAUGCGUGAAAAUGACAGAAAUGGAUUUAGGUUGCUGCCGUCAGCCAGAAAAGUCUGUGGACUUCAUGCUCUAAACAUACACAACAUGACUGAAUCUCUCACUGAGCUGCAGCAAUGACUUGAUUAAUGUGAAGAAUAGUGUUAAAAAAAUAGCACUUAAAGAUAUUUCAACUCUAUAUUUCUUAAGAAAUCACCCCAUAGUGUGUGUGGCAGCUCAUUAUUAUCUGAUGCAGUAUACUGAAGAGUAGUAAUGUCUUUAGCAGUAGGCUCAGUUAUACCUUGAACUCGUGUUGAUGGGGAGGCAGCUGUCAGAAUCAGAAUUGGCCCGCCAGUCAGUUCUGCUGUAAAUCAGGUCUGACCGAUGACUGAGUACUACGAGGAGGGGGGGCUGCUGUACGAGCAAUCACCUCCCAUGCACAUCAAAGUGGAGUCUCCGGAGGGACCCUUUGGAGGGGGAGCCUCAGAAAACGGCUUCCCCAGGGAGGAUGAGGACUCGGAAGGCAGCUGCGACCAAAACAGUGGAUUGCCCGGGGGGCUCCCCUUCAACGUGGUAGUGGUGCAUCCAAACAUCAUGGCACCCGGCAUGUCCUCAGACGACCUCUUGUCCAUCGAACAAAACAGAGCUAUGUCGGCUGCACUGGCUGCUGGUGGUGCAGGUAAAAGAAAAAGUCGCUUCAGUGGAGCAGAGCUGGAGGUGUUGGUGUCAGAAGUCACCCGGUGUGAAGGAGAGCUCUUCGGUCCUGCGGGGAGGCUCCGGCGGCGGGAGAGAGAGCGCAUCUGGGCAGGAAUCCUAGAGAGAGUCAACGCUGUGUCCAGAGUCCCACGUACCCUUCGGGAGGUGAAGAAGCGCUGGGACGACCUAAAGAGGCGCAAUGGCGGCAGGCUGGCAGAUGCCCGCCACCGCAGCUGUUACCUACCAUCCAGCAGAGGGGCCUCAAUGCUUGGGCGUCCUUCCCAGCCAAGCCCCAGGCUUCAACAAGCCAGACAAAAGCAAAACACCCGACCAAAGCCCAGCUUUCCAUGUUUCCCCGAUUCUGAUACAGGUGUUGGAGUGGAGGGAUCAGAGAGAGAUGGUUUGGAGAAAGACGAGGACAAUCCUGAGCGUGAGAGAGACAUGGGAGAACCUGAGUGUGAACCAGUAGAAAACAGCAUGGAGGAUAAAUUGGGAUUAGGACUAGGUCUGGGCAUUGGACCACCCCCUCCAUCAGAACGAUGGCUGCCUCCGUCCCCACUCUACAGUGCUCCCUUCCUUAAUGGCAGCCCUCAGCCCAGCAGUCCUCAGCCAUCGCUUGGAGCACAGCAGGGUCCUCUUGAAGCCCCUCCACGCAGCUCCUGGCUUGAAGAUGAGCUGCGAGGGUUAGGAGAAGCAGCAAUUCAACUGGGGAAUCGGGUAGAAAAGAGUCUGCGGGAGUUUGGGGAAGGUUUCAGACAGGACAUGAGAACACUUGUUGCUUCGCAAGAGGCAUUAGCAGUCAGUCUACAACAAAACAAUGUCCUCUUACAAAGGCUGUUAGGAGUGCUUGAGGCCCAGCAACCACCACAGCCGCAGCAACAUCGUGUACAACAAGCGCAUCAAUCACAAACAUCUCAACAGCACUUACACCCACAGCCAGCUCUGCAGCAGCUGCAACACAUAGAGCAACAACAGCAGCAGCAGCAACAACAACAACAACAACAACAACAACAGCAGCGGAUUGAGACACCACAGCAGUCACAGCUACAGCAUCAGCAGCAGUCACAUGUUGUACAACAACAGUCACAACAGCAUCAAACACAACUACAGCAGCAGCCGCAGGCCGCUACGCAUCCGAAUAAUCAGUCAGGUGUAACAGUGGCACCCACGCCAUCAUCCCCUGAAACACAUGGCACUUUUCCCUCUGAUCCACCCACAGACACAAAUGGAAGUGUGCAGAGGCCACGGCGAGGAAGAGCUGUUGAUCACAGGCGUAGAAGACGGCGCUGAGGAGAAAGUACUUAAAAAAAUCAAUGUGUGCAUUAUGCAUAUUUGGAGUUUCAAAAUGUGACAAGAAAUUAUGCUCUUUUUCUAAUGACAGUAUUUCUGUAAAAAAUAAACUGAGCUGUUUGGAGUUUUACUUCUCACUCCAAACCAGUGAUUCAUCUCACACUUAAGUUUGUCUUUGAAGAGGACUGAAUAUGAGAUAAUGGGGUGGCCUUAACAUUAGCUUGUUUCCUCAGACAUACAUACAAUAUCGUGCUAGAGGACUUUGUAAGAAACAGUUUGCUCUAUGGGGUGACAACUUCAUUCAUGAGACAUUCAAUACCCAGACAACAACAUACUGUAGGUGCUGAUGUUUAAUAUGCAUGUCACUGUACAUGAUAUACAGCAGAGCUGCAAAGCUUAUGAAGCUCUUACUAGUUCAGUACUGUUUCAAUUCUCCUGAUAUACUAACUACAUCGUCAUAAAGUACUUGUAAUCUGCAGUUGUUACCAUACAGUAUAUUGUAGUUAUACAGCUAAUGUAAUUACCUGCUAAUGUAUGCUUGUGCUUUUUUAAAGAACAAUUUCAUGGUACAUACUUUUCCAACUUUGGUUGGACAAUAAAGUUAGACUGUGUUCUGUUCAGUGCGUUUUGGGACAAAAAUGUUACAUUUAAAAAAAUUUUGGUGUUUUGGUGACAAAACAAACAAAAAAGACAGAAAACAUCAGACAUAAACCUCACAAUAGGCUUCAGACUUUGAUUCAUAUGUUUCUGGUGGAAUUUAAAAGCAUACAUAAGUAUGUAGGGGCUAUUUAUUAUUAUCUUGCAUGCUGUAUGAUGGAUGUGUUUGUAGAUAGUUGCUAAGAAACAGCAUAUGGCCAUCAUCUAAGUAGUUUUGCACACGCUAUAUUUUGUAGAUAGCUACUGUUCCGAUGAAAUGUAACUAAACUUUAAUAAAAGUCAGACGUGGACUGCAAAUAAA